GGCCAUCAGGGCACAACUCCAACACUAAUUCCACCAGACAAGCUUGUUCACUCCACUUGAUAACCACAAAUCUUUACCUGAUCUUCUCUCUCCUUCUUUGAUCUGUUCUCAUUGUUUCUGUUAAAAUCUAUUUUCAUUACGUAGCAUUAGCAUCUUAUGAACAACCCCCCCCCCCCCCUUGCGUGUGUGUGUGUUGUGGAAAUAUCUGCCUUUUGAUGCAGUUAAGAAGUGGUUUGAAGACCACAAGGGUAAGUGUUGAAUUAAAUUUGGAGAAUCAGGUCAGUAUUUCUGAGGUUGCUACUUCUUUUGAUUCUGAAUUAGAAUCUGAAACUGAGGUAAUUGUUUCUCCUUUCCAAUCACAUAAUAACAUGGCAACUUUAAGGGAACUAGCUGCACCUGACCUUCAGACCCAGCCCAUGUCCAUUACUUAUGCUGUUAUGGAAAAGCCAUUGAAAUUAAACUCUGGAUUUUUGAAUAUGCUUCCCAAGUUUCAUGGCCUGCCUGGUGAAGACCCUUAUAGACAUGUUAAUGAGUACCUCAUAACAUGUGCAGCCAUGGAACCUGAAGGAGUUCCUCAAGAGCAAAUCAGACUUAGGGCCUUUCCCUUUUCAGUGAUGGACAUAGCAAAAGAUUGGCUGUACUAUAUGCCUCCUGGGUCUUUUACAACCUCGCCAUCACUGCAUAGGGCAUUCUUAGAGGAAUUCUUUCCUGCCUCUAGAAUAGGAUCUAUUAGGAAGGACAUCUGUGGGAUAAAACAAAUGGGGAAUGAAUCAUUUUCUGAAUAUUGGAAGAGAUUCAAUAAACUCUGUGGGAUAAAACAACUGCUCAUCCAGUACUUCUAUGAAGGGUUAUCCCUAAUGGAUAGAAGUAUGGUAGAUGCUGUUAGUGGUGGUGCUCUAGUUACUAAGACCCCAGAGGAAGCUAGGAAUUUGUUCAAUCUUAUAUCUCAGAACACACAGCAAUUUGGACUAAGGAUGAAUGAACCAAAAAAGGAAACUGAAUCUCUUGCAGCCCUCAAUGAUCAUUUUGCAAAUCUUACCAAAAUUAUGGGACAAAUGGCCCAAAUUAACAACAGGUUACCUGCUCAACCAUUUCCUGCUACUAAGGAGAAUGUGAGUGCUGUUGUCCUUAGGAAUAACAAGGUUCUUCCUGAACCUUCCUUAGGGAAUGCUAGAAGGGAUCAGGAGAUUAUGGAAAAGGAACUUGACUCAGAGAAUAUCCAAGAACCUGAAUUGGUCAACAAUAAAUCUGUUGUGACUCCUGUGAAAGUGUUUCCUUGGUAUAGUGAGUUGGUUAACUAUUUGGUUACUGGAGAAUUUCCAGUAGGCAUGCCACAAGCUGAGAAAUGUAAACUCAAAGCUCAGUCAAGGUUAAAACUGUUUCAUGAGGGACAACAAGAGGAGGUUGUGGACAGCUUGAGGUUGGAAGCUGUCUGCAGAAACUUGAGAAAGUGUCUGGCCAAGGACUUUAAACAGGGCAGCUACCUGGGAGGCAACCCAGUGUUUUGUUUCUUUUUACUUUGCUUUGUAAUAAUGGACUUUGUGACUGUGCUUGCAGCAUUGAACAGGGAAGCUGGUUCCCUUAUGGAACCAGUGAUGAACCUCUGUCCCCUCCUUCCUGUAGUUUAAGGAAAGUGGGGGAGGGUGUGAUGUGCUAGUUAGGAGGUGUGAUUUGGUGAUUGUGUGAUUGGCUGGCCUGACCAGACCAAUUGCACUGAGGACAGUGCCAUACCUUAAGUGUGGGGGGGUAGACUUGGUUGGCUUUAGGUUGUAAGCUUAACCCCAUUCCCUCUAGACACAGUAGGUUGCAUGCUCCCUUUAACCUUCAGUGAUGUAUGUCCUUCUUUCUGGAUUUGAGAUUAAACCAAACCAUCAAUCAUGGUCUCCAAUUCUCAGCUAAGUUGUGGAGGACCAAGUAUAGGAAGGGAAAUGCUUCUUCGAAUGUCUGAAUGAAUAUUGCUUCUGUCU